GCUAUUCAAACCUGCAGAUCUAAGUAAACAAUCAUUCGCUCACUUAAUGCAAAUAAUGCAGCAUUUUACACGUCGCGCCUUUGAUCGGAAAUAAACCGCUUCAUUUUUUUUGUCGCUAAAAUUUUGGGAUCUGCAGAAUAUGGCGCCCUGUCCUUAUAAAAAUAAGACAGGCUGCCAUUUUUGUUUUCCUUUUGUCUGAAAUGUUUAAUAAAACUGUCUGAGAAUGUGGGAGAGGCAGACGCCAGGGCACUGGACUUUCAUAAGCCACGAAAUGCGAACGUUCGCGUUCUUUUGCAAAGCGUUUUAAUUUGAUUUUGAUCAAAGACGACGUCUUUUUCAUUGGGAAUGAUUUCAAGGAUGCCGAUAGAAUAAAAGAAAAGUUAAAUAUGGCAGAACCUCGAUUUAAUAAUCCAUACUUCUGGCCUCCUCCACCCUCUAUUCCUGGUCAGUUGGAUAACCUCGUAUUGAUCAAUAAGAUCAAAGAGCAGCUGAUGGCGGAGAAAAUCAGACCUCCACACUUGCCGCCCACUUCUGUCCCUUCCCAGCAGCCCCUGCUGGUGCCGCCCACACCCACAGAAGGCGGGCAACACAAUAUAUCAACGCCCAAGCUUCAACAGAUGCCAGGGCUCCAUGCUCACAGCACCUCACAGCCAGACAUUGCCCUACAUGCACGACCCGCCUCAAGCACGGUAGCAGGUCGUAUUCUUGGUGACGUAAACUUAAAUCUGGACGAUAAGGCGGCCAUUAAAGCAAGGGGAAUAUGGGAAGACUGGCAUUUGCGCCAAAUCAUAGACCAGCCUUCCAGAGCAAAUCAUCUGUCAGGACUGUCACUGAAUUCAUCACGAACUGCCAACCACAACACAGAGUCCGCAACACCAACAACCCCAACCACUCCAACCACCAGCAGUCAAACCCGCCAUGGCGGCGCUCCAUCCCCAAACCUCAUCUCAGGACUGUCCGGCAUGCCCGGGAUGGAGGCUUUCAAAAACAGCGGAGGAUUGGCUGGACUUCUAGGUCCACCUCCGAAAAGCAUAGGACGAGGUCGCAAAAAGAUCAAAGCCGAGAACCCCUCUGGUCCUCUCUUAGUAGUUCCAUACCCAAUCCUGGCCUCUGGAGCUGACCAAUCACCUGUUAGCAUCACUGCCAAAGAGGGCAAAACCUACAGGUGUAAAGUGUGUCCAUUGACGUUCUUCUCCAAGUCGGACAUGCAGAUCCACUCCAAGUCCCACACAGAAGCAAAGCCACAUAAGUGUCCUCACUGUACCAAGUCCUUCGCCAACGCAUCCUACCUGUCCCAGCACCUGCGCAUUCACCUGGGGGUGAAGCCGUAUCACUGCUCCUACUGCGAGAAUUCCUUCCGCCAGCUUUCCCACUUACAGCAGCACACCAGAAUCCAUACAGGUGAUCGGCCAUAUAAAUGUCUUCAACCAGGCUGUGAAAAGGCCUUCACGCAACUCUCAAAUUUGCAAUCUCAUCAGAGAUCACACAAUAAAGACAAGCCUUACAAGUGCUCCAACUGUUACCGCGCUUACUCUGAUUCUGCCUCCCUCCAAAUCCACUUGUCUGCUCACGCAAUCAAAAACGCCAAGGCUUUUUGCUGCAGCAUGUGUGGUAGAGCCUACACCUCAGAGACCUACCUUAUGAAACACAUGUCUAAACACACCGUGGUAGAACAUCUGGUCAGUCAACACUCUCCGCAAAGGACCGAAUCGCCCAACGUCCCCAUCCGUAUUUCCCUCAUCUGAGCACUCUGAUCCUGCGGUCAGUCCUUCCCAAUGUUGGCAUAAGAAAGCAAAAUUGCCUGUUCUUGGUGGUUGGCAUUUUUAGUGUUUGUUUGUUAGUUUUACUUUUGAGUACAUUCCAUAAGGUAUUCGACUGUGUGAAUAGAGGCUCAAAAAAGCAGCAGUGUUGAUUUUUAGGAAAGUUCUAUUACACAUGUUCCUCUUCUUGAACUCGUCGAGUUAAGAUGGUAUGUUUGGGAAUCCAAAGAUGGUUACGCAGCACUUUUAGGCCUCACAAUUUUGGCUUUAAAUGUUUCUGGUCUGUUAUGACAAUAAAGGCAUUGCUCUUGGCAGCUAAACAAUUGGGACUUUAGGUAUUAUGCAUUCUAAAAUCAUAACACAUACACUGUAUGUUUUGAGCUUGGACCAAGUCCUGUACCACCUCUCAUUUUUUCCUAUGCUGUCUGGGAAAAAUACCCUUCUUUUGGGCAACUCAAAGUUGGUUUGGAGACCGAUGGUCUUUCGUUUUGAAAAUGUCAAUCACAAUUGUUUUCAUUCGUUAAAACAUUUCUUUGCUUAAGGGAAAUUGAAAUAAAAAUAGCUUUAGCAUUAAAGUUAACUUUAAGAGGACUGUUAUAAAAAAAAAAAAAGAACUGCAGAGGACUUUAUAGACAAAUCAGCACAUUUAAUAAGAUUUUACAAGACUAAUUUUUUAGUGCUUUACAAAUGUUGUGCUCUGGUGCCAAAAACAGAACAAGAAAAUGGCAUAAGAUUCGGUUUCCCACAUUUGGUCUCUUAGAGUAAAACAUUCAAUGGCUGAACUUGAAUUCUCAGUAUUAUGUUAUGAAUGCUAGAUGGGCAAACCUCAUAAAAACAGUUAUGAACUAUGUUACAGGUCAAGUUUCACCCCAUAAUCAAGAGAAAAAAAAAAGUAUAAUUAUCUUUUCCAUAAAAUUACAACUAUUUUUAGGACCAUUAAUAUUUUUGCAUUGUAUUUCAAUUACUACGUAUAUAAAUCAUGGUAGUAUAUGUUGUACUGAUUUAUUUUUUUAUUAUUGUUUUUUUUUUUUAUUAUUAAUCCAAUUAUUUGAUUAAUAAUUAAAUAAUUAAUUAGCUUAUUUUAAUUAAUAAAUUGUCAUGAAAAUAAGGUCAAAAUGAAUGGUCCUAAAAAUAAGCUUCUUUAUCUUGAUUUAUAAAAAUAAUAGUUUCAUUUUGGGGUGAAAUAUAUAUAUAUAUAUAAUUUAUAAUAAUAAUAAUAAAUAUGUAUUUUGCAUAAAGAAAAUUAAGCCUACACUUAGGACCAUUAAGAUUUUUUUUGCAUUGUGACUUUUUUCUGGACACUUUUUUCUGCACAUUUUACCCCCCAAUUCUCAUUACCGUAACACAUUUGGAUGUUUUACUUUUACUGUUCCCCUUGUUUUCAAUGAUGAUUCUCAUUACCGAGGUAGCAUUACUAUGAUAAAUACUUUACAAUGGAAAUAAUAUAUUUAUAGUUUUUCUUCACUGUUACUGUCAUGAAAAAUAAAGUCACGAUGCAAAAAAUCUUUAUGACCCUAAAAUAGGCUUCAUUUUCUGAAUACAAAAUAUGAUUUCUUAUUUGCUUCUUUUGGUUUUAGAGGAAAAUAGGACCAGGACAUUUUCUGGACAGGUGUUGUGGGAAUCACAUAAGCCAUUUUAAAUUUUACAAACAAGAUUGGACAAAAAAGCCAGAUUACAAUGUAGAGUUGCCCAUGAGGUUUGUAUAGCUGUAUUGAUGUCUAGAAUACCUCAUUGGCUUAUUAUUCAUGUUUAUACUUAUAAUCAUGUUGAAAUAUUAAAGACUAACAUGUUAAUUUUACAUAUUUUAAGCCUUAACCAUUUUAUCACUAGUUGUUUACCGUCACAUUUUAUAUAUUUUAUACCAUAUUGGUGUUUACUUGUGUACUCAGUACUUUUAUGUAAUUUUAUUUCCUAGCAUGAUCAUGCUGUAAAUAAACUUUACAGUUCUUAAGUGUUAACCAGUUUAUAUAAAAUGACUAAAUGUCUAGUUAUUAUAAAAUAUACCUUUUUAAUUGUUAAAUUGUGGUACUCUAUAAGGUUUGCCUUGGCUAAUACAUGCAGAGUCAAGAUGUGGAGAGAAAAUGGACUUUGUAAAAGUAACCAAAUAAAUAACUAAAAAAAGUC